AUGGUGUUCAAAUUAGGACUUAUUUUUACGCUCAUUCUUGCAAAUUGCAUAGCACACGAGGGAUAUCCGCGUGUACGUCCUUACAAACAGCUGUUCUACGAAAGGUACAGCUAUCAGAAUCCGCGCUAUCAAUGGCAGGGCAACGGAAUUCCCGGCGUAGCUGGGAAAGAUUAUCCACUGUUUCGUAAAGUGCCGCAGACGCGAUUCGAUUGCGAUCGACAACAACAUCCGGGCUAUUAUGCCGACCCUGAAGCCGACUGUCAAGCGUUUCAUGUCUGUCAACGCGGCGGUCGUAAGGACUCGUUUCUUUGUCCAAAUGGUACGUUAUUCAAUCAGGAGAGACUGGUUUGCGCGUGGUGGAACACCGUGGAUUGCCCUCGCGCGCAAAGUUUCUACUCCAUUAACGAGGCGGUUGCAAAAGCAAUGGAGGAAGCUGAUAGACGCAUCAAACUAGCUGCGGAAGGAAAGCUCUCCCGAGGCUACCAGCGUGAAUCUAACGUUGAGAGUGGCUCUGGGAAUAAGUAUAAUCAGCUGAGCGAACAGCGAAGAUGGAAUAAAAACAACAUUCCGAUUCGUCGUAAUCAAAACUUGGAUUUCACUGAAGAGCUUCCUUAUGAAUCGCCUGAGACAUCCAGCGCGCCUGGUUAUGACAUAUCAGAAUUUUCCGCUAAACGUUUGCCAGGCGCGAACACACGUUACGGCAAUUUCUAUUCAUCGAAAUGGAAUCACAAGAUCAUCGGCGCUGAAUUUGGCAAACAAACGAGGAAGAACAACUGCGCGAAAUCAAACAACGCUUAUCUACCUAUCUAUUAAUCUAACUAUUGGAGCAAUCGGACACUUCAAUAUGUCACGUACGAUAUUAAAAUAAAAUAUACAAAUAUUGUGAAUAAAUUUUCAAGAU